GCUUUUCCCUGUGUUUUGAUCGUCACGAAUGGCUGCUUCACGUGCGCUCACAGAAGACGAUAUUCCUGGAGCUUCUCUUCGAGGUAGAUCGCCUGCCACGCUAAAAAAUGAAGAACUUCGUUUCUGGCUGAAAUGUAGGGGCGAUACAUUGAAAGGACUGAAAACAAAAGCACAAUUAGUGAAAAGGGUUGAGGAAUAUAUCAAAGAAGGUCGUGAUCAAAAUAUAGUAGAUCCGGAUCCUGACUCCGUAUAUACAAAGCGCAAGGAACGCUUGGAUAAAAACAAAGAUGACAACUCCGGAAUUGCCGCAACUCAGCAUCCUUUGAGUUUCCCAUCAGAUGGCUGGUCUGCAGACAUACGGCGGAUGCCCUUUUUUACCCGCGCCGAAAUGAAUGACCACAUUUCAAAGUCUGGAAAAAGAAUUGAUCCGACAAGUAAAGCCCAUUCAGUGCCAACGAGUAUUCGGAAAGCGACAACUUUUCUGAAUGACGAAUAUUUGAAGGGUAUCUCCGCAGCAAGCGAUGACAACUACUUUUAUUUCCGGUCUCACUGCUAUCACAGUUUUCGGAAGAAUGAUGCCCCACACAACUUGAAAGCCGCAUUGUGCAUUUUAAAUGGGGAAGUGAAACAUGCUACAUGUUCCUGCGUUGCUGGGAAGGUUGGUUUUUGUAACCAUAUAUUAGCACUCUUGAUGAAGAUUUGCAAAUUCUCAUUAUAUGAAUGUAAAACUGUCCAUGAACUUGAAAACGAAGAAGACAUGCAGCCAAAGCAAGCAUGCAAGCAUGUACUUCCUCUUUACAGAGGUGGCAUAGGAAGGGAAGAGGAGACUCUAUAA